AUGAUCUUGUCUGGGACAGCUUUAUUACUUUUCUUCUCAGGUGUGUUGUCAUUUUCAUUUCCCAACUUCACUUUCUCUGCCCUCCCAACUGACUGUAUUGAAGCCCAUCGUACGUGUUCUGCGGAUCCCCUCUGCAAAGAGUUAUACCGGGGGUUAGAGCUGUGUACGGGUGAAGCUUCUGUGCCACCAGUUGAAGAACAGGCAAUGUCGGAGUGUCUGCAGAGACAGGAUGCCUUACUCGCCAAACACCCCUCUUUUUUGGCCUGCAAGUGCCAUCGAGGCUUUCGCAAGGAGGAGCAAUGCGUGCAAAUAUAUUGGCGAAUUCAUCUGCUGCCAGUGGAGGAUGAGUUGGAAAGGUCUCCCUAUGACAACGCAUUAAUGGACAGAGGCAUGGCCUCCUUAGUGGCAGCCUCGCCUUUCAUACAAGAUGAUGUGGAAAACCAGUGCCUGAAAGCGGCUCAGGACUGCGGCCUAUAUGAAAAGUGUGGUGCUCUGCGGUCAGAGUAUGUUGUGGCAUGCACCAAGAAGAUAUCUGGAACCAACCGAUGUAACGUGCAGAAAUGUCACCGGGCUCUGAGAAGAUUCAUCGAGAGGGUACCUGAGGAAUACAGCUUUGGUGUCCUUUUCUGCCCCUGUACCAACACUGCGUGCGGUGAGAGGAGGAGAAAGACCAUUGUACCCUCCUGUGCUUAUGAGGAGAUAGAGGGCCUGCAACACAACUGCCUCCAUCAGCAAAGCUUCUGCCGCAAGGACACUCUGUGCAGGUCCAGAUUAGCUGAUUUCAUCCAGAACUGCCAGCCAUCACCACAAGCGACCAGUGGCUGUCUGAGAGACAGAGAGAGGAGUCUUUGCCUCCAUGCCUAUGCAGGACUUAUCGGUACUAUCAUGACUCCAAACUACAUUGCUAAUGACUCUGCCGAUGUAUCACUGUGGUGCAACUGUAAAGGGAGCGGCAACCAGUGGCAGGAAUGUCUGAGACUGCAACGUAUGUUCACCCACAACACCUGCUUGAGGAACGCCAUUAGUGGGAUGGGGAGGGCUGACUUCCCGCCUAUGGACAUAACCCCUCUUGCACCAAGACCCUCCCCAUUGGUUCAGGAUGAUGAAAUGCUGAGCAAAAACCACUUACUUGACCGUGACAUUGAUCUUUUUGAAAUCCAAAAAGGCUCACGCGUCUCUGCCUGGUGCAGCAACAAAAGCCUACAGCACAAUGGGCUGGCGUGA